AUGCCGAUGGAAAUAUUUUUUACCCUUGUUCUUCUUUGCUUUGGAUUCCUAUGCUUUAUACAUAUUUCUUUUGCCACCGUGGAAGAUAAUAUCGAUGUACAAUUCAUUCCGGAACAUGCGAAUGAAUGGGUUGUUCGAAUCGAUGAAGGAGAUGAUAUUGCCGAUCUGGUAGCAAGUGAACUUGGUGUGAAAAACGAACGAAAGAUUUUUGACAAUUACUAUUUAUUUGUGCACCCGUUCGUUCCUCGACGAUCGAAACGUGCUACAACGGAUUUAACCAAUCUACUUAAUAAACAUGAAAAAGUUUCUUGGGCAGAACAGCAACAGUCUCGCAAUCGAGUGAAACGAGACUAUGUCGACAAACGGGCACAGGAAGAUCGAGUCUAUCGAUCAGUUGCCUUUUCAGAUCCGAAAUGGAACAAAGAAUGGUACCUAAAAGACACACGAUUAGAAAAUGCAAAUCGUUUACCCAAACUUGAUUUACAUGUUUUACCGACAUGGGCUGCAGGUUAUACGGGCAAAGGUAUCAAGAUUACAACACUUGACGAUGGUCUUGAAUGGAAUAAUUCGGAUAUAUUGGCAAACUACGACCCGCAAGCAAGUUAUGAUUUGAACGAUAAUGAUCCUGAUCCAUCUCCUCGAUAUGACUCAUCAAAUGAGAAUAGACAUGGAACUCGAUGUGCAGGUGAAAUUGCAAUGGUUGCUAAUAAUUCUUUUUGUGGUGUUGGUAUAGCAUAUAAUGCAAAAGUUGGCGGUAUUCGAAUGUUAGAUGGACAUGUUACCGAUCGAGUGGAAGCUGAAGCAAUUACAUUUAAUCAUAAUUAUGUGGAUAUCUAUUCUGCUUCGUGGGGACCAAAUGAUGAUGGACGAACAGUAGAAGGUCCAGGUACUUUAACGGCUGCUGCUUUUGUUAAAGGCGUUACUGAAGGUCGAAAUGGAAAGGGUGCUAUCUAUGUUUGGGCAUCGGGAAAUGGCGGACGACGACAAGACAACUGCAACUGUGAUGGUUACACCGGCUCAAUCUAUACAAUAUCGAUUUCAUCAGUAUCCGAACAUCAACAAUCGCCAUGGUAUGCAGAACAUUGUCCUAGUACGAUGGCAACAACCUAUUCAUCUGGAGCUUAUGAAGAUCAGAAAGUGACAACAACAGAUCUGUAUGAUUCAUGUACAGACGAUCAUACGGGAACAUCAGCAUCAGCACCAUUAGCAGCUGGCAUAUUUGCACUAGUCCUGGAAGCAAAUCCGAAAUUGACAUGGCGUGACGUUCAACAUCUAGUUGCAUGGACUUCGGAAUAUGCUCCACUAUCACACAAUCCUGGUUGGACAACAAAUGGCGCCGGCUUUAAAGUUAACAGUCGAUUUGGCUUUGGUCUUCUUAAUGCAGCAGCGUUGACAGAGGCAGCUAAAGACUGGGUCACAGUGCCCAAGAAAAGCUUCUGUGAGAUUCAACCAGUGAAUCUUCAAGCUCAAAAAAUAGCCAAUAAACAUCCAGUCGUCUUAGAUUUCCAAGUAACUGGUUGUGAAGGGGAGCAUAAUGUUAUUCGUUUUCUUGAACAUAUCGAACUUUACGUCACAAUUAGUUAUACAAGUCGUGGUGCAUUGAAUAUCAAUAUAACUAGUCCACAGGGUACCCAAACGACGUUGUUAUCUGCACGUGAACAAGAUAAAUCUACAGAAGGAUUUAUAGACUGGCCAUUCAUGAGUGUACAUAAUUGGGGAGAGAAUCCCAAUGGUGUAUGGGCUAUUGAAAUUGCGGAUGAUACCGAUGAUCCUGAUAAUUAUGGUUUCUUGGAGAGCUUCCGUUUAGUUCUUCAUGGUACACCUACUACACCUCAUCAUUUACAAGCUGGAUCGCGAGUGUACAACGACGAUUACAACACCGUACAAAAUGAACGCAGCGAGAAAACCGAUUCGUUAAGUCGUCGCGAAAACAGAGCUGAGUCAAACAACUAUUUUUCUGAUUUCAUUCCCGAUCGUCAAUCAACAUCAGCGCAGAAGACAGAUAAUCAUUGGACACGUCUUCUUGCUCGACUUAAUGGUAAUUGGCUCCAAUAA